AUGCGAGCCCCCCUUCGGAUUGCCGUGCUGGAAGCCGAUACCCCAAUUCCCCCCGUCGACGACCGAUACGGUGGUUACGGAGGUGUCUUCACAUCGCUUUUGAAAUCCAGCGCAAAGGCUCUCGAUAAGCCCGAACAGCUCGAUCCGGAAAAUGGACUAGUCAUUUCUAAGUGGGACGUUGUCAGCGGCACGGAAUACCCAAAGUUGGAGGACAUUGAUGCCGUGCUAAUAUCCGGAUCAAAACAUAACUCCUACGAAGAUAUCCCUUGGAUCAACCGCCUCGUCGAAUUCACCCAACACGUCCUCGCCCAAGAUCGAGUCCGCAUCGUCGGAGUCUGUUUCGGACACCAAAUCUUAGGUCGCGCGAUGGGAGUGAAAGUCGGACAAAGUGAUCAGGGAUGGGAGAUUGCCGUCUGCGACAUGGAGUUGACCGAGAAAGGCAAGGAAGUGUUCGGACUGGAGAAGAUCCGCAUCCACCAAAUGCAUAAGGAUAUAGUAUACAGUUUACCCGAAGGUGUCACCCUCCUUGGCCAUUCACCCCAGUGCGCAAUCCAGGGCAUGUACUCCCCGCGCCGUUUUAUUAGCGUUCAGGGACACCCUGAGUUUACGGGUUGGAUGGAGAAUGAAAUCAUUAGCCUCCGGGCUAAGAUGGGUGUUUUCAAUGAGGACCAAGCGCAGGAAGGCCUCAGCAGAGUCAACAACGAACACGAUGGUAUUUCGAUCGGGACGACUUUCCUGAGGUUCCUACUGGAGGAAUAG